AUGGAUAAUAACUUAAAUGCAACAUAUAUAACUCUUGAUGGCUAUGUGGAAGUUGACAAAUACAGAUAUCUUUAUUUUAUGAUCAUGUUUACAGCAUAUAUUCUAAUACUCUGCAGUAAUUCUACCAUUGUGUCUCUCAUUGUGAUUCACAAAAACCUCCAUGAGCCCAUGUACGUUUUCAUUGCGGCCUUGUUACUGAACUCUGUUCUUCUCAGCACUUGUCUCUACCCAAAAAUGUUGACUGAUGUCUUAUCAGAGAAACAGAUCAUAUCCUAUUCAGCCUGUCUCUUUCAGUGGUAUGCAUAUUACUGUGUAGCCUUUUCAGAAAAUUUGCUGUUGGCAGUCAUGGCCUAUGACAGGUAUGUGUCUAUAUGUAAACCUUUGCAGUAUCCAACCAUCAUGAGAAAAUCAAAGAUCUGUAUUUUCUUGGUUUUAGCUUGGCUUCUGCCUGCUUGUGUAUUCACUGUGCCAGUUAGCCUGAGUGCUGAUGCUAAACUGUGUAAGUUUACUUUUAAAGGAAUCAUUUGUGGCAGCGCAGUGAUCAAACUUCACUGUGAGAGAUCAAGAGCAGUAUAUUUAUAUGGCUUCUUUGUUAUUGGAAGUCUUGACAUUUUACCUGUGGUUUUCAUACUUUUUACCUACACCAGGAUACUUUUAAUAUCCUAUCGAAGUAGUAGAGAAGUCAGGAGGAAAGGUGUGCAGACCUGUUUACCUAACCUUCUGAUUCUAAUCAACUUCACCUGUUCCAUGGGGUUUGAAGUAAUUCUAGCUCGACUGAACAUAGAUUUCCCCCAAACUGUGCGUUUAAUAAUGACAUUACAAGUAAUUUUGUACAGUCCUCUCUUUAAUCCAAUUGUAUAUGGACUAAAAAUGAAAGAAAUUUAUAAACAUAUCAAGAGGUUGCUCUGUGCAGAUAAAAUGGUCUAA